UUUGCUAGAUGUGUAUAAUAUAUAAUGUAAUAACUUAUGUUGUGGAUAACACUCGUAUAACAAUACAUCUUCUUAGACAAUUUUAUAACAAUUUCCCUUUUGCACUCAUAAAUACAUCUUCUUAUACAAUUUUAUAACAAUUUCCCUUUUGCACUCAUAAAUGAUGUAAAGGUUUGUUAAAACCCGUCACCGACUUCAUCUCUAUCUUUCUCUCUAGAUAAUAGCUACACGUAUAUGUGUGUGGAACUCUCUCUCUCUCUCUCUACAUAUAUGUAUCUCUCUCUCUUGAUGAGAUAACCUGGGAAGGAAGCAAACGUGUGAUAAAACAAACUACUUGGGAACUGGUUUGAGAAGAGAAAAGAUGAAGCUUUCCAUGUUCAAGGUUCCUUCAAUCAGAUUCAGUGGUAAACAUGAUGAAGAGUCCACAAGUAGCUUUAUCAAAGAAACCGAUAUUAACGUUAACCAAGAAUACAAGAACACAUUCAGAACACAAUCCUACACAGACAUCUGCACCAAAGUUCAGACCCACAUUCAGUUUAAUGUUGAACCAUCUUCAGCAUCUAUUCAUGACCGCUACAUUCAUCUAUGUGACAUCCUUCUCGAGCCACAAAGUGAAACCCUAGAUAACCUAACCAACACCAUUAGUCUCCACCCUCUUCUCAUUGACUUCUUCAAAGCAAGCUUAAACUCAUGGAUGAUAUGUGAACAACUUCUAGAGUCCAUUCAUCAAGUCAACACCAACCAUCAAAAAGUCAAGCAGAUAAUCAAGCUAGCCCAAAUUAGGGUUCCAUAUGGUACCAAAAUAUAUGAAGAACUUGCUUCAUAUUCAUCGUUGGCGAACCCGCUAUCCGAAUUUGGUCCACAAAAGUUUCCAACAUUGCUCAUUGACCAUAAAUUGUUGUUAAAGAAGUUAACCACAAAGCACAAGAGGAUCAAAAGAAAGCGAAAAAUUAUCAAUUUUUUUAAAAGGGCGGGUGGUUGUGCUCUUAUAGCUUCUUAUGCGGCUCUCGCAGUUGCAUUACUAGUUCUCGCGUGUCAUGGUUUGGUUGUGACUGUGGCAUCUCCGGGGUUGAUCGUGUGUUUGUUGGGGUUAAUCAAGAAAACAAAUUUAGCCAAGAAAAAUGUCAAACCGAGUGAGCUCAAACGGGUUGGUGCACAACUAGAUGUGGCUGCAAAAGGGGUUUACACAAUGAUUAAAGAUCUUGACACAAUGGGUUGGCUUGUGAGAAGAUUACACAAUGAAGUUGAAUUUGGGAAGGCUAUGGCCCGAAAAUGUUUUAGAACCCGAAAGGCUGAUGUGUUGGAGGAAUUGAUGAGGGAGUUUAGGGUUCAUGAGAGUUGCUUAUUGGAGCAAUUGGAAGAACUUGAAGAUCAUAUUUACUUGUGCUUGCUUAAUGUUAAUAGAUCAAGAAAGCUUUUGGUAGAUGAGAUAAUACACAUAUCAGAGAACUGAUCAAUUUGCCAUAGAUAAAGGAUUCAUAUCAGUAUAUCAUACCAUUUGAACUUAGGAA